UGCAGAGGUUUUAGCAGGUAUGAUGAAGAAAGCAGUGGGAAUGGGGAUGAAGCCAAUGAAGAGAGUCGGAAACGGGAGUGGAACAACUUCUACAGAAAGCAGAUGAGUCUGCGCAAAGGCAAAGAACCAGAAAAGGAAGAUUUUGUUCCUCCAAGUGCAGACUGGCCCUUGAAGGAUGCCUGCAGCAGGAGAAUCUCUAAGCUCACAGUGAAGGGACGGGAACACUGCUUGAGGAUGCUGGAAGAAGCUUUGAGCACCAAUCAAACGGUUCCAACAGCAGAAGGAAAAGGGUCAGACCCUCAUGCCUGUGCUGUGGAGCUGGAGUAUGAAGCUUUCCGAACCAGUAAAAUGGCCAACUCCUACAAGGCAACUGUGCUCAAGAAGGUAGCAGAAAUCAACAAAGCUUCAAAACAAGGAGAGUUGUUCUCCGUCUUUGGGUCUGGAACUGGGGGCAGCAGCAGCUUGGAAACAAAAUCUGAGUCUCCAGCAGAAGAGGACUUCCUCCCUGCAUCCCAGGUUUACUCGUUCAAACCCAAGCGUGUGGGAGCAGGAUUUCCAAAGAAAUCCAGCUUGUUCCAGACAGCUUCAGAACUGCUGAAGAUCCAGGAGGAGAGUGAUGUGAAUCCCAUCAAAAAAGAAGUAGAUUGUCUGAAUGGGCAAGGCAACAGCAAUUGCAGUCUGGAACCGGACACCAGAACCCCUGUUCUUCAGAACAAAGAAAUGGGAACCACAGCAAUGUGUGAGAGUGCUGGGGUAGAAGUAAUCCUUCCUGAAAAGAAGGGACAGCAUCCCAGUCCAGACACAAAAGCUGCCCUUCAGGAGAGCCCUGCUAAGAAGUCCAAACUUAGCAAGAAGCAGCAAAUGCUUGCAGAAGCAGCUAAAAAAGAAUCACAGGAUAUUUCCAAGUUCUUCUCCCUCUCCAAAGGUGGGUCUAAAGCCAAAAGCUGCAGCUCAGCAAAGGAAGAUGGCUGUUCUGCAAGCACACUACCUCAGGUUUCUUCACAAAGCAUGUGUCAAAAGAAAACAGUAUCUCAGGAAAAUAAAGAUGUCUCUGGAGAAGACGUGACGGGACAGUCCCAGGCAGAGAGUGAAGAACUGGGAGAGACAGAAAUAACACUGACUGAGAGAGGGGAGGAUUUUAAGACUCAGCAGGCUGCUGAACAUGAACUCCUUCAGAAAGAAAUUGAUGGAAAAUCCAGUGUUGCUGAAAACGUCACAGAAACUGAGCUAAGUGUUGUUGGGGAAAGUGAGAGUGGGAAGCGGCCAGGAUCAGAUGAGGGUAUGGAAAGUCCUGCAACAAAGCGGCUACGGACAGUGGCAAAAUCUUCUAUUCUGUCCCAGCCAGAAAGCAAAAGUUCAGGUCCAUCAAAGAAGAAGGUGACCUUUGAUCCAAACUUAACACAGUGUGAUGAAGAAGGAACCAGUAAGAGCAUACAGCCAGUGACCAAAGCCAUGUCCCUCAAAGAGACAGCAGACAUCGUGGUCAAAUAUUUGACCCCGUUCUACAAGGGUGGCAAGUUUGCUUCCAAGGAUCUGUUCAAGGGCUUUGCUCGGCACCUGUCUCACUUACUGACUGAAGAGCAGAACCCUGCCCGCAAGACUGUGAAGGAGGAAGCACAGAGACUCAUCAAGGAAUUUUUCAAAACAAGGGUGAGGUGUGAGAGUGAGACAGACUGGGAGGAGCUGCAGAGCUCCGAGAGCUGA